CUUAUCUGCAUGCCAUUGCUCCUAUUAUACUUUUCCAUCAUCAAAAAAUCUACUAAUGAUUUACAUUAGAAAUUUCUGUCUUAUCUGAACUUAGGAUGAGGUUUUGUUUUGUGAUUCUUGAUUUUAUGGUACCCUGGUUAGAAACCCAACAAAUAAUUUAUUGAUAAGGAAAGAUGGUUGCCAAUGCUUAUGAUGUUCAGGUUUUUCUCUGGAAAAUGAUAAAAUUAUCGUCGGAAACUUGUGUUACAUUUUCGAUAAAUUAUCCAUAUGUUUCUUUUUCUUUGUUGUGCAUUUUCCUCUUGUACAUGUCUUUUCCCUUAGCUUUUUGGGUUUUGAUUUAUUCUAUUCCUCUUGUUGUUUGUACUUGUAUUAUUUUGUGCAUCUCUUUCAACUUUGGAAAUGGCAAAAAGUGUAAAGACAAGGACGACGAGCAGAACGAUCGGAACACCAAGACUGCAGCAGAAGAUUCUACCCUCGAUAGGAGUAAAACGUCUUUCAAGCGGGUUCAUUCUGUUCGGCGAAGAAGAGCCAAAGAUAUCAGUAAAGAAGAUAACACGCAACAUAAUAAUGUUGAAGAAAAGGCUGCAAUUUCAUCAACCAACUUGAAUAAUCAUGACAUGGUUGAUAAAAAUGCCUUGACGGAAGACAGCCCUAAGGAAAUCCGAGAGGUGGAAGUAGAUAAAUCACCUGCUAGCAAUACUAAAGGUUCUUGUCAGAGUUUAAUGCAUGAAAAUAGGGACAAAAGUUUGAAGGGCUUGGAUGAUGAGGAAGAGGUCACAGAUAAUAAGAAUUAUAAGGCCACUCAAGGGAACGAAGACGACCAAAAGACCGCAAUGGAAGUGGGGAUUUCAAACAUGGAAAGGAGCAAAAGGCUAGAGAGUUUGAUCGCUAGGCGAAGAUCAAGAAAAUUAUUGAACCUUCAAAUUAGAAAGACACUGCUGAACAAGGAUAAAGAUGAUAAGUCGGGUCAAAUUAGUUCUCUUAUUAUACCUAAACUUAACAAUCCUUUUCUCUAUAACUUAGCUACACCAUUUUCCCCUGGCCCUGGCUCGGCCCCUUCUGUUUUGAUACCGAUGAGGAAUCCCUUUGACCUUCCUUAUGAUCCACAGGAGGAAAAACCUGACCUAACAGGGGAUAGUUUCCAACAGGAGUUCAUGUCAGUUAACAAGGAUGUGAUGUUCUGUAGGCAUGAGAGCUUCACCUUAGGGUCUUGUAUACCAGGAAGACUUGACGACAACCUGGAAGAAAUAUCAAUGGUCCAUGACUUUGGAUUUAUACAAAGAGCUUCCCCUAUAGGACAUCGAUUCUCCAGGUCGAAAAGUGAAGUUGAUAGGGCAUAUGCCCCGAUGGUGGAGCAAGGAUCAUUUGAAGAGUUUCAAUCUAAGCCAUCUACUGAGUAUCCUGUUGAUCACAUCAAGGAAGUCAUUGAAGUAUAUGACAAUAGCACUCAGGAUCAUGCAGAACAGAACAGUGAUGAAGUUCAAAUAAAACCAAUCCCGGAAGAAGUUUUGAGCCCGAGCUCAGCGUCUUCGUCUGAAGAGGAUGAACCAAUUUUCAAGUUAGAUAAAGAAGCAAUACUGAAAUCUCUCUCUUCUAUGGCCCGUAGAAACAUCGUUCUGGAACCCGAAAAUCAUGACCAGACAGGAGACAACUUGAAUGAUGUAACUUCUCACUUUGAGAAUACAUUACGUCUUCGUACUCCUUCCUAUUCCAUUGCUUCUGACUUGCAAGUUGAGGUGUCUGAAGUUAGUUCUCCCCCAUUGACAAUCGACGAAAACUUCUCGUACCAAGAUGAGGUUGCUUCAGCACAUGUCAAGGACAUGGAAACGAAUAGUACUUGUGAUAUUGGAGAAAUGUGGGCAGCCUCGUCUCACCAAUUUGGAGCAGAUGAAAAUGAAGUAAACGAGGUCAAAAAACAAGAUUCAGACGGACAUGGAUUUUCAAGAACCAACAAUCUUGAGGGUUUGUCAAACUCCACGGAAGAAUCAUUGAAUGAAAAGUACUGUAUUCAGUCGUCGUUGCAUUCACCAUCAAAUGUUGUGCUCCAUAAGAGUUGUCAAGCCGAAGCUACCAAUCCUCAUGAGAAGGUUCAUGAAACAUUGGAAACAUCAGUUGAUUCGAUUAUCUCGCAGGGCGACUCACUUGAAAAAGUAGCAUUCCCUAUACAUGAGAAGAAACAGCAGUCCGAAAUCAACUUAGAUCCCCCGACAUUACAUGAAAAUGAUUCUUCAAAGCUAAACGAAUCAUCGGAACCUUCUCAAGUGGCUAGACUGGAAGUCGACGACGCUGAAUCUAUUAACAAAGAGAAAAUUCCUGAAAGUGGCAUACAACCACAAGAAGCUGCCAAUAGUAGCUCACAACUACUGAGCGGUCAUGAAACAUCCAGGGAGAUGGUCAAUCAAACAAACAAGACUAGCUCUAGACCCUUCAGCAGCAAUGAUGAAGUCUCUAUUGAAAACUUCCAAGCUGUAGGCCCAACUGCUUCUAGCAAAGAUAAAGAUCUCGACACCAACUCACGUUCAUCACGGUCUACUGAAAAGGAAUUGUCCGAGCAUCAAGAGAAGGUCAUCGGAGAAGUAACAUGUGCUGAUAGUUAUAUGAAUCACAGUGAAAAUUCAGCCCUACUUGAAGAAACUAGACAUGAGGACUCUUGGAAGAAGCCAAAGGAUCACGAAAUACAAAACAACUCGACGAGUUCAAAUUGUUAUAUUGGUGCACUGAAAGAUGAACUUCCAAAAUUUAGUGGAAAUGAAACUCCUAUUGAUCUCUCAGGAGUAGUAGAAGCUAAUGAUAGCUCCAAAUGUCAUACAAAUAAUAGCAAAGACAAACAUGAUGACAAUUCACAUGUUCCAAUGCUGGUCGCCGAAGGCACAUUAGAAACUAUUAAUACUUCUGAAGGUGAAAUGGAGCAGCCAAUUCCAAGUGCCCAAGAAGUUGUACUACAGUAGAGAACCCACAAGUUCAUCAACCAGACUUAUCAAAGACGACAAAGAUAUAUAGUUCAACAGCCAAAGAAGUGAUACUUCAAGAGUUGAAGAAUCAUCUUAAUCCUCAGUUUGAUCAAGCUUGCAGGGCUCGAACAAUAAUCCAUGACAAAGAUUAAUGUACUUUUGUUGAUGAAAUAGAUCAUGAAUUAAUCAUCAAUUAGUGAAAGCAUCUAGUACGUAGUAGAGAAAGGUAAUUGUUCCAAUUAUGUCUUGAGGGAAUUGUAACAUAUUUUAGGACUUAGAUGUACAUGUUAAUGCAGAUUAAUUAAAAGAACUCCAUUGCGAGUUUACUAAAGAGUUAAAUGCAUAUUACCCCUUGUAUUAUAUGAAACGAGCAAAUUAUCCCCAUGUGAAAAAAUAAUAGUACA